ACUGAGUUUAAGAAAUAAAUAUUCAAUAUCUUAAACUUCUUAGUUAAAAAAAUGGUUCUUCACAAAGUCUUGAGAUUAUACACCACCAAUGAAAAGUUUUAUGUCCAGCCAUUAGGACAAGAAUCAACAGAUGGCAAGAUAUUGGAAAUUGAUCGUGUCACUUCUGAACUGGUACUUCAUGAUAACAAAGGACAAAUUCCACCAAGAUCAGCAGAAAGUAGAGAAAUAUAUGGAAUUCUGGGAAUUUUAAAUUUACUUGCAGGACCAUACCUUGUUGUUGUGACAAAACGGAAACUUGUUGGUUUGAUAUCAGGGGAAGAGAUAUGGCAAAUGAAGGAAGCAAAUAUUUUACCUUUUCCAAAAGGAACUAUGCACUUAACAGAAAGUCAGGCCCGUGACAAUAAAGUGUUUUUACAAAUGGCUCAACAAGCAUUACAAACGGAUGGCUUUUAUUUUUCUUAUACGCACGAUUUAACACAUAGUCAGCAAAGAUUACAAAAUACCAGUACAGAUUUUAAACAAUUACCGCUAUAUGAAAGGGCUGAUCCCAGAUUCAUUUGGAAUCACAGUAUGUUACGAAUGCUAGCAGUUCAACCUGAGCUUGGACCAUUCACUCUUCCAUUAAUGCAUGGAUUUGUUUCAAUCAAAAAAUGUUCCAUAAAGCAGUUCACCUUUGACUUUGUUUUGAUUUCGAGAAGAAGUUGUUAUCGCGCAGGAACAAGGUACAAUAUUCGCGGAGUAGAUGAUGAAGGAGAGGUGGCCAACUUUGUUGAAACAGAACAGUUAUUGUUUUACGACGGAUCGGUUGCUUCUUAUGUCCAGACACGUGGAUCAAUCCCACUGUAUUGGUCUCAGUUUCCAACGAUAAAAUACAAACCUAUACCAGCGAUUGCUAGUGAUAAAGAUCAUAUUGCAGCUUUUCGGAGACAUAUUGAUAACCAGUUAGUUUAUUAUGGAAAACAAGUUUUAGUUAACUUGAUUGACCAGAAAGGCGUUGAAAAACAAUUAGGUGAAAGAAUGGAAGCCGCAUCAAAAACAAGUGGAUAUUCGGAAAUACAAUUGAAAUAUAUCGCCUUUGAUUUUCAUAAAGAAUGUAGCAAAAUGAGAUGGCAUCGUCUUCAAAUAUUGAUGGAUAUGUUGAACGAUCUCAUCGACCAAGCGUCGUACUUCGCAGUUGAUCGAAACAAAGAAGUAUUAGAAGAACAAAGCGGUGUCGUCCGCACGAACUGUAUGGACUGUUUGGAUCGAACGAAUGUCGUGCAGAGUUUAAUAGCCCGCAAAAUUCUUCAACUGCAGCUGUACAAGUUCGGUAUAAUUGGCAAAGAAAAUAAAAUUGUUGAUUUUGACGAGUUUGAGUUUAUUUUUAAAAAUAUUUGGGCAGACAAUGCAGACAUGUGCGCGCAUCAAUACACAGGCACGGGUGCGUUAAAAACAGACUUCACAAGAACUGGUAAAAGAUCUAAGUAUGGUUUACUACAAGAUGGCGUCAACUCAAUGAUACGAUAUUAUAAAAAUAAUUUUUCUGAUGGUUUCAGACAGGAUGGCAUAGAUUUAAUACUUGGUAAUUACGUUAUUGAUACGUCAGAGAAGGGGUCCGUAUUCCAAGAAUCAAAAGGAUGGAAAUACAUGACGCUUCCCUUCAUCCUGCUUAUUGGUUUCUCCAUGCUUGUUAUCUGCUUACUCAUACCUUCAACUGAUUUUAGUCUGCAACUGACUUACAUUCUGUUUUGGGCGAUCGCUUGCCUAAUCACACUCUACCUGGUGGUAUUAUACGGAACAGAAUUUGUGGACAAACCGAGAUUAACAAAUCGGAGAUAGGAUUUUUUAGUUAAUAGUAUUUAUCAAUAUUUUUAGAAAUUUAUAGUCAGUUGGUGUGGUCUUUUAAAAAGGUUAAUGGUCACGUGGUUGUGUCAUUCUACAUUGAAGGCAGUUGUAACGAACUAACAUGUUAUCUGUAGCAGUUCUCUCUACUCGAAACAAAACGGUGUGACUUUAUUAGUCAAUUGUAAAAGAGAAAGCACCAAAAAUAACAUUAUUUAUUCUCUUGUUCUUAAAUUGCAAAUUCUUUUUUGUGAAACUACGUUACAUCAGUCUUGCAAUAUUUUGCAAAUUAAGAUAUUCUCAAAUGCGAAUUUUUCAUUUGUUGCACCCUAAAAUUCUCUGUCGUGAUUGUAACUGAUGUUAGUGGUAAAGUUAUUACACUUUUCUUUUCACCGAUAUCAACCUUUGCAUAACAUGCAUUGAGUAUUAUAAGGUUUGGAUUCUCUUUUCAGAAAAAAACAGUUACCUCGGGCGUAUUUAAAAGUUUGUGUCUUUAAAAGUAACCAAAAAUAUUACUAACAUGGUUAUUUUUAAAAUUGAGGUUUAGUGUACAAUCGAAAAAUUAUGAACAUUUUACAACAAAAAAAAAGAAAAAAAGAAAUUUUUAUACUGUAUAAAAUUUUUCGUAGUCAGGUGAUGGCAUGCAGCGUCUUCUUUUAUGUGUCUGAUAACGUGAGACGUGUGAACACAGUUCAAAUAUUUAUAAAAAGGUCUUGUACACGAAGAAUGAAAAACAAAAACAAUUAUUAGUUAAAAUUUCAUAAAUUAAAUAAACAUAAAUUUGUUAAGCUGCCCAGAUUUUGAAAUAUUAAGCAGUCAAUGCUUUAACAUGGCUAAUCUAACCUACGAAACAGCUUUUUAUAACAAUAAAAAUAAAAUAAUUCCUCAUGCAUUAAACCAAGAAGGUUUAAUUAGGCGAAACUAAAAUCUUAUAAAAUUUAAUUAUCAUGGUUAGCAACAUCUUAGCGAAUUUAAAACUGUAUUUAAAGUUUUGCCCUUGGCAAUAGACUGAAAUGAAAGAUUGAGCUGCUUGUAAACGUGUGCUUUUUUGGACAACGCGUUAGUGGUCCCAACUUACACAAAUUUGUGUCUAAUUCGUGAAUACGACAGUGUCGGUAGCCAAAUGCAAAUAUAUGCGCGUCUUACUAUAAUUGUUUUGAUUUUUAGUAUGGUUAUUUUCACUAAAUUUGUAAAAUUUGAUAGGUAGUCAAUAUAAUGCACUUUUUAUUCUAUUGA